GGGGGCCGGGGAAUACUCCCGUCUGGGUCGUGUCCUCGCACUCACGCUCACUCAACACACGCGACCCACGCUCGCAGCGGUGGCGUCGGCGUCUCUUGGAAAGAAGUCGUUCAUGGGUGGGUGUUGAGGUGGCGAUUGUGAGGUUGGGUCAGGGAGGGCUGCAUCGUGCCGAGAGCUGUUAGGAGUUUGGAAUUACUCCACGCGUAGCGCUCGCUGUGGGCGAACGCUCUCCCGACUGCUACCUGGAUUUCAGAGCUGCUAUGUCCGACACGGGGCUGGUGGCUGCGAUACAGGUGGACGAGUGCAGCGGCGGCGUCGGUGGUGGCGACGAUGGGAGCCGACGAGGAGGAGGAGGAGGCGGCGGUGCCGACGGCGCCGAGGGCGUCUCCGCGGGCUGCGCGGGGUGCGGGAGGCCCAUCCGGGACGCGUUCCUCCUGCGCGUGUGGCCCAACCUGCGGUUCCACGCCGCCUGCCUGCGCUGCGCCGAGUGCCGUGCGCAGCUGCACGAGGCCCGCUCCUGCUUCGUGCGUGCAGGCCGCACCUUCUGCCAGCGGGACUACAACCGUCUGUUCGGGGUCAAGUGCUCGCGCUGCUCGCUGGGUCUGAGCCGCACCGAGCUCGUGAUGCGAGUGCGCGGCCGCAUCUACCACCUCGCGUGCUUCCGCUGCUGGGCGUGCGCCCGGCGCCUGCUGCCGGGAGACGAGGUCUCCCUGCGCCCCGCCGGAGAGCUCCUGUGCAGGGCGCACAGCCUCCCGCCCCCACCGCACCAUCACCACCAUCACCACCAUCAUCACAAUCAUCAUCACGGUCAUCAACAACAACAGCAGCAGCAGCAACAGCAGCAACUCAACGAUGCGCAUCUCGAGAAUAAUCACCAUCAUCCGCAACACCACCACCACCACCAUCAUCAUCCUCACGUCCAUAACCAAGGACACAACCAUCACAACCAUCACCAUCACCAGGAGCGCCCCGCUGGUGUGCCGUCACUGAGGCCCGACAGGGCUCACAGGGGCCCCGGGGAGAAGAGGGGACCCGUGCCACGACCCUCGUGCGGGGACCUGCACAUGUCCGGCUCGGGCAAGGCGAGCCGGGUCCGCACCGUCCUGACGGAGCGACAGCUGCAGACGCUGCGCACGUGCUACGCGGCGAACCCGCGGCCCGACGCCCUCCUGAAGGAGCAGCUCGUGGAGAUGACGGGCCUGAGCCCCCGCGUCAUCCGCGUCUGGUUCCAGAACAAGCGCUGCAAGGACAAGAAGCGCACCCUGGCGGGGCGGCACGACGGAGAGCCGCCGUCGCCGGACGCCAAGACCUGCCUGCAGGGCCUGGAGGGCAAGGCCCUGGUGGCGCGGAGCCCCGUGACGCAGGACAGCGAGGCGGAGGCCGAAGCUGCGGGAGCCGGCGGUGGGGGCGGCGGCGGCGUGGCGGUGCGUGCCUCCCCACAGCCCCCCUCGUGGCGAGCGCUCGCCGCCUUCGCCCUGCGCGCCCAGCUGCAGCCCCUGCCCUCCACCAGACAGGCGGCGAGUUUGUCCGACUCGGGCUCCUGUUCGGACUCGUCGUCGGCGAGUGACGUCACCCUGCUGCCAUCACAUCUGCCCGACACCCCCACCAGCCUGGCGUCAGACCUCUGCUCCGAGUCAUAACCGCACGCAGUCUCACACACACCCCGGCCCCUCCAACCUACAUCCCCCUCCUCCCACUGCCACACCGCCAACCCUCGCCCGCCGUUCCCACUGGGCAUGUAACGAUUCAUUCAUUUGGUCUCGUUUGUGUUGUGUUAUCUGUAUCGCCUGUCUGGUUUGGUGUCUCUUUAUUUUCCGUCAUGUUUGUUCUCCGUGUUACCUUGUCUUGUGUAGUACGUCUGCUGGGUAAGGUCUUGUUUGUUCUAGCUGCGUUCCACCUCGUGUCUUCUGUCUCGUUCUGUAUUCCCUGUUUUGUUCUGUCUCAAUUGUUCCGACUCAUUUCCUCUGCCCUUGUUCUGCCUCAUCUGUAUAGUCUCGUUUGUUCUGUCCCGUUGUUAUUUUCAUCUCGCUUGCGUUACUCAUCUUGUUUGUUCCUUCUCGAUUGUUCCAUUAACCUCCGUGUAACAUUUGCAUGAAAUGUGCACGUGACGAGCUUCACAAUUGAAUCGAUUCCCGCAAGCGAGAUACGACGACGUUCCUAACAAUGCCUGCACGAGAGUCGAUUCCGAUCGAUGAUGCGUCGUUACAUGCCUAGCCUCUGCACCACCUGGUGGGAAACGCUACGGCCCAAGGGCUGGAUGCGGUUCGCUCCUUCGUUUCACACGGCCCAUUCAUUUUGUACGACCCGCCACGACACGAGGCCCACCACUUGUAAACGGCCCACAAACGAAACCUGUCCAUCACCUGCGAGCGCCUUGGCCGCUCUAAUCGGGUACUAGAGGGGAAUAUUUGAGUGUCGCGCUCAGCCAUGCCUGUACAUUUCCAGCAGUGGUAGAAGUGACUGGGCUGUGUGUGUCUGUGAAUGUGUCGUUGACUGCCAAAGGUAUUUGAAAGUCGUAUUUGGUCCUGAGUAAGGAAUAGGUUGCCCAUCCUUGGUCUACACCAACCACCCUGCACCGCGUCGCCCUCCUCCUCCGCCCGCUGCUGGACUUCCCAGCUCGCACACCUGCAGACAGCUCCCACACCUGCACACAGAUCCCACAACUCCGUUGGUGGCGUCCCUGGAAAACAACGCAAGACACACGACGCCCCCCCCAGCUCGGCUUGCUCUGUGACAUCACACUCGGUCGCCCGCUCACUCGUGUGCAUCGAACCUCCUGCUCUGCUCUGAGGUGACACAGCUGAAUCUUGAUUUGAAGCUUUCGUGACUGCAGGAAUCCAUACUCUUUGGUUCUUUCGGUAAAGUCACGUAGGUGCAAAAUAAAAUAAAUCAGUGAUUUAAAGUCACGUAGGCAUAAAAUAAAAUAAAUCAGUGGUUCAUUUCUUUGGUCUACCUACGUGACUUUACCGAAAGAACCAAAGAGUAUGUGACACAGCUGGGCUGGUAAAUCUUUGAGCCAAUAAUCUUCUCACUGGGCCCCACCGAUUCUCAUUCAUGGAGGGGGGGGGGGGGGUUCAAAGGGGUGGGUGAUCCAACGGUCUGCGGUUGCUGUUUGGUGUUGUGGAGUCAGAGCUGCAAGGAUGGCACGGGAAGCCGCGCCGGCGUGGCGCGUAAGUCACGGCAGGAACGAGUCGGCACGACCGCGUGGCUGUUCACGGCUGUGCCCUCACGGCGCGCCAAUGAGCUUUCGGUGUUGUUGCCGCCUGUUGUUCGGCGCGAUGCCCGACGUUUCGCUUCUUGCAGAAGGACCCAUUGCGCGGAGUGAAAUGUCGGACAUCGCGCCGAAGAGCACGCGGUCCGUCGCGGGUGCGGUGUCGGGGACAGCUGAACAAGCAGGCAUACGGAUCAUUUUAUGAAAUUCAAAAAUGACGAUCGUGUAGAUAAUGUAUCGGUGAAUGUAAAUAACAUAUUAUAUAUAUAUUCCUGCUUUGAUAAGGCAGCGGUCUGUUUACUCGUUCCUACCUUAACUGGCGCGACAUGUUCGUGCAAUUACCCGGCGCUCACCCCAGGUUGCAAUUUAAUGAGCUACUUAGUCGCGUAUGAAAUUGCUGCUUCUGUGAAUUCACACGAUGGACACCAGGUGAUUUAAGAACAAUAAUUACACGGGGUUAUUUGGUUAUUUUAUUAUCGUCGUUGACAUCUGAUAUCCAACCCAUUCAUCAUUUCCAGCAUAUCAUAUCCUCCCUCGCUGCAAACCUCUAUUUUCCUGAAGAAGGCCCAUCGACCUAAACGUCAACAAAUGUAUUUCUUUGGGUUCACCCGCACUCAAUGUACUGUCACCCAGACUGAUCUACUGAUCUACUGAUGCCACAACGGUUGUGAAUUGGCCACCGGUGCUUCUUUUCAAUCUAGAUUUAAAACUCAUUUCUUUAGAGAUGCUUUUUUGUGUUCAGUUCGUUUUCCCUCACCCGCAGUGCCCGUGUACAAAGUCAGAACCCAACAAUUGCGCCCUCAUGUAGACUGCAAUGCUAUCGGAUACAACGCAGCUUUAGAUCAUCAAUGUGAUUGGCUACCGAACAGGGGCAUUGGCAACCAAUCAAACCGACCACAGGACAGGUGUGCCCUAUGAUUGGCAACUGCUACUGCUGCUGUGUAAAGCAGCCCGCAGUUAAAAACAACGCGUGGAACUCAAACGGCUAAAACUCGGAGGGGCUGUCAAUAUCGUCCCUGUUGCACCUAGAAUCUAAGACUAUUAUUGCGUGUCCCUUCUCCCGGUGACAGUUAACACACACACACACCCCAGCCACCUCCCUGUCCUUAUCUUAAAUUCGCAUUCACGCAGCUGUAAUGGGUUCACGCGGUUGGGGAGGGGGUGGGGCGUUGGGGUGGGGUGGAGGGGCAUUACCCCCCCCCCCCCCCACUUCUUCAUCCUUUCUCAUCGAUACCAAACGUAAAAAAACAAGUAGGUCAUACCAGGGGCUAAAUGUCGCCGCUCUAUUUUCCGCAAACGCUGCUAUAGCCAGCGGCUGACUCGGAGUACGGAUCACCGGCAUAAGGCACUACCACUCGUGUAACGGGUACACCUAUCAAUAAUAAUAAUUAAAAUGUUCUUGCACCUCACUACAUUCCUAGAAUUAUAUGAACAGGCUGAUCGAGAGGAGCGUUCUGGUUCUGUUUCGGCUGCAAUGAAGCGCUUGGUUGAGACUCGUGGUGGGGUGCAGCGGUCGCUGCUGCUGCUGCAGAGUGGAGCCCCAGAGCACGUGGAGGGAGGGGGAUGAAUGACGGUGGGGAGGGGGGGGGCAGAGGCCGACUUCGUUCUGGCGAAGGGAGAGGGAGUGAUCUCCUGCAGGCCAGGGCUUCAUUUCUCACUCAAUGUGUUCCGGGUCGCUGGUUGACUGGAGUAUACGCGGCACGCGACUACCACUGUAGUAGCCACAGUUGUGGCGAGAGGUCGACUGACUGGAUGUGGUGUGCCGGGUGCCUGGAAGGUUUCGGGGAGGACCCGGCUGAAAUUAAGCCCUGCUUGCAAGACUUGUACGUACGGCCGGAUUCAAAUGUUGCUGGCAAAUGGUUUUCAUCCAAUUUUUUUUGGGCGGGUGGAGGGAGGGGGGGGUGAACUGCCACCGACAUUUCGGAUCGUCACCAUUGACAGAUUGUCGAUUGCUUAGGCCGAAGAGUUUUUUUUUGGCCGAUUCACCAAAAAAAAGAUUUUGCUCAUUUGACCCCGGGUACCCGACGGUGUGGAGCAGCAUCAGCAGCGGGACGAUGACGAUGCUGAUGACGAUGGUGACGAUGACGACGGUGACGAUGCUGAUGACGAUGGUGACGAUGCUGAUGACGAUGGUGACGAUGCUGAUGACGAUGGUGACGAUGGUGACGAUGCUGAUGACGAUGGUGACGAUGAUGAAAGCCUGGUUCCAGACAGCGGGGGAAGUCACGGAGAAACGACGGCCGGCAGCGACGGCCCCUGGGCCUUGGUGGGUAUCGACGGACGUGUUGACUUUGUUGUUUGUGAUUUGUGUUUGCGCAUCACUGCCAAAGCAGCGGCAGCAGCAGCAUCACCAAAUCGGUGGCUUGAGGAGCGAACUGAAAGGCGGCUGUGCAUCGACUCUGCGCCCUUUCCCCACAACCACCGCCUUUGCCCGUUCGGUGUCGAGUAUUGAUAUUUGUGUUCGUCCAUAGCGUUCUAAGUUAUUAUUUAUUGGCAAUAAAAAUGUCCCAACGUCCCGG